UCGUUUGAUGAGACCCAAUACUAACUGUGGGUUGAGUUGCGUCAUUUUCCCUAGCAACUCCGGGUUUGCUCCGCUUCCCAGAGUACCGUAGCAGUUUCCGGCGAUAGCGUCUAAACUGGCGUUGGGUGCAGGUGUCUGAGGAGUUUUGAGCUGCUGUUUCAGGAUGUGGUGCGCGAGCCCAGCCGCAAUGGUGGCCUUUUGCGCCUGGCUUUGGGUCUCUAACCUGGUGCCGACGCAGGGCCAGGAAACCGCGGGGCGCUCGGGGGCCGACUGUGAAGUAUGUGAAGAAUUCUUGAACCGGUUCUACAACUCAUUGAUAGCCAGAGGAAUUAACUUUUCUUUGGACACCAUAGAAAAAGAAUUGAUCAGCUUUUGCUUGGGCGCCAAAGGAAAAGAAAACCGCCUGUGCUAUUAUCUAGGAGCAACCAAAGAUGCAGCCACAAAGAUCCUAAGUGAGGUCACCCGCCCAAUGAGUGUGCACAUGCCUGCAAUGAAGAUUUGUGAGAAGCUCAGGAAGAUGGACAGCCAAAUCUGUGAGCUGAAAUAUGAAAAGAAGUUAGACUUAGCAUCGGUAGACCUGUGGAAGAUGAGAGUGGCAGAGCUGAAACAGAUACUGUACAGCUGGGGAGAAGAGUGCCGCGCAUGCGCGGAGAAAGCCGACUUCGUGAAUCUGAUCAAAGAACUGGCGCCCAAGUACGCAGCAACGCACCGGAAACCAGAGCUCUGACCCUCUGACGCUGGUGCAUCAGGGACUGUAAUUAGACACAGAAUGACUGUCUAGGAUAUGGGCGUGUUGGUUAAGGGUAGCUGGGCAUUGCACUGUGCGUGAUCUCAUAUAUUUUGUUUUGAUAGUACACUUUGGUACUGGUUGCUUAGGUUUGUAAGUAAAACUGUUAACAUUAGUGAUAUCUUACAUUUUCACUGUACCAAAACUUACAAGUGCCUUUCUCAUAAUUUUCUUGUAAGGACUGGGUAAAUGAUCAUUGGCUACCUCCUAAAACUGGGAAAAGUGAACUACUGAAAAAUGGAUUGAGUAAACUGAUUCCAAAAAGGAGAGUGCUCACAGGUCCCCCUUUUGCACUAAUACUUCAUUAAAUAGAUUGGAUUAGGACAAAAGGAACAAUGUUUGGCGUAUUAACUCCUGGCAUAAAACCUUAGGAGCGGCUUGAUCAAAAGUGUUUUUUAUUUUAAAGUAAACUGUGUUUUCAACUGCAAAUCACUCUACUUUCUAGCUCUUUUUGGUAUCAGAAAUGGGAGAGCAGAAGGUACUACUCGAAACUAGUGUCUUCCACAAGAAGAAAACCUGUUUAAAACCUAUUUAAACAUACUUAAAGAAAAUAGAUGAAGAAUCCACUCAAGUAUAGCCAAUGUUUUAACAAAUUGUAUCAAUACUCACAAUGCUAAGUGAACAAAGCUCAAGGUUUUUUGCAUGCCUUUCUAUCACACAGUAGAUAUGUUUUUGAUAGAAGAUUAACACACAUUAAGGGCUCAGACAGACAACAUGGAAUUUUACGGUUCCUAGUGCUGCCUUAUCAGCUUUCAACUGUAAAAUCAUUUUUGGCUCCAUUUUCUGGCCAAAUACAAAUAAGACCACACUGUAGAAGUGGCUGCCUCUGCAUGGCAAGUGGAAACGGGAAUGAAAGCUCGAGGGCACUUUCUGGGGGUGAUGGGACCUCCUAUAUCUUGAUGGUGGUUACACAGGUGAGUAAUGUCAAACUUAUCUGUUAGUACAAUGAAGAUCUGGGUAUUGUAUGUAAAUUAUAUCUAAAAUGCUGCUGUAGAAAAAUUAUUUGAAAAUUAACAAAAAUUAAUUGAUUAAAAACUUCUUAUGUAUUCAGAGAAUUGCAAUUAUUGACUAGGUGUCCUUUUGGGGAGUGGAGGGGAAAUUUUCCAGACUGAAAGUAUACGUUGGAAGUGUUAUUGUAAUUUUUAAAAUGCCACCCAUGCAAACAAAAUUUCAGUUGAGUAGUUGGGAAUGUAACCAGAUUUGUAAGAGAAUUAGUGGUUAGUAACUUUAAAAUGAGAAUAAAAAAGCUUUGGUGUAAUAAAUAGCCAAAAGGGUUAUUGGUUUUGGAUUUUGGCAGCUUUGUCAUUAUGUGUCAAGCACCCUACUUAAUAAUGAAUGGUAUCUUUAAAAUGCCUAAAUUUAGGUUUUUAUAUUUGUUUGUUUUGCCUUUUAUAAACUUAUGCUUGUUUUUCUUUAGUGCACUUUGAACCGUUGAGAAAGUUGUCAUUUGAAAAUAGUAUGUUUGAUGUCUAACCUCAAAAUCAGGUCAUUUUCUCAGUAUGUUUUUUUUUUUUUCAGAAUAUAAAUCUAGGCAAUAAGAACACUACCCAGCAGGUCAUUGAAAUUCAUGAUAUUUAGUCUGGUUUUCCAAAGGGCAUUUACUCUAAGUCAGAGCUACUUAAACUUCUAAACUGUGCAUACAAAUCACCCAGGAUCUUGUUAAAAUGUGGAUCUGGAAUCAGUAGGUCUGGGAGGGACCUGAGCCUCUGCAUUACCAAGCCCCAAGUGAUGUCCAGCCUGCACUUCCACGGACCACACUUUGAGUAGCAAGGUCCUGAGUCGUGGGUCCUGUGAUUGAUUUUUUUCCUUCUGCCUGUCCCAAUCAGUUAGGUUUAUGAUAGAGCUGAAUAUAACUAUAACAACAAAAAACAAACAACAAUAUACCACAAACAUUGAUUCUUUCAAGUAAAAGAAUUCCAGAGGUAGCCAGUCCAGAGUAAAUAUGGCAGUCCCACAAACUUAUUAGGGACUCUCUUCUUUUUCCUUCAUAUCCUAGUGGUGGGUUCCAUUCUUACCUAUGGUCCAGUUGGCUGCUGGAAUUCUUUGUUCCAGAAGGAAGAAGGCAUUAAAAAACCUGCCCCUGAACUGAGCCAGCCACUUUAGGGGAGCCUCCCUACCCUCUUUCCCUUUCCUCCUCCCAUUCAUCCCCACCCACCAAAAAUUCAGUAUCCCACUCAACAUUCUGCCUGUAUGUCACUGACCAGAACUUAAUAACAUACCGAAUGUAGCUGCAAGGGAGUUUGGGAAAUAACAUCCUUUGGUUGGGUCCAUUGUUACCCCCCUCCCCGCCGCCCCACAUCAGGAAGAAGGGAGAAAUAGUUUUUGGCCACAAGUUACCUCUGUUACAUAGCACCAAUUUUUCCUUCCCAUGAAUCUUAGUUGUAAUUUCUGGUUGCCAUACCCUAAAUAACUUGUUCCCCUCCUUGCUAUUUGCUUCUUUUGUAUAUGUAAGCAGUUAGAUCUUUUCUUCAUUUUUGGUUUGUCAAGAAGUAGCUACUGUUUUUCUAUUUCAUUUCCACUUUAUAUCUUUCUCCCUCUUUCUCAUAUGUGCAUGUGUGUGUAUGCUUUUUUGUUGUAUUUUAACCCCAAAUUCAUAAGCACACAUGAUUUAGAAGUCAGACAUUCUGACAGAAGGGACAAAGUUCUGGGCUGAAACUUUCAUUGAAUCAGUAGUGGUCUGGGGCAGACAUUAUCCCUGAUUUACUCUAGAUUUCUGAAAUUCCAACCAGAUGACCCUUCACUCUGCUUCCUAAAUACACAUGGGAAACUAGAUAUAACAUUUAGAGCACAGCUUAAAAGUUGUAGUUCUUUAUAUCUGAGUGUAGAUAUCUGCAGUCUACUGAAGAGUGUUAAAUUUAGAACAAACUGGCUUGGCAAAUAAGACAAGAAAAUAUUUGACUAUCAGAUCCCUCAAAAACAGCAGAGCAUUUUGUGAUCCAGAGGCCCCCACAUCCAUGGGUUUGAGCAGCUCUAGAUAAGUGACUUUUCUAAGCAAGAUGUCCAAGUUUAUCCACUGCUUGUCAUUUGGAAGAAGUGAUUGUCAGGUGCCCACUCUUUCACAGUGUGCUUGAAGUAAAAUAAUUCCACCAAGAGAGAAAUAAAAAAUAAAAUGAGUAGUA